AAAUAUUCAGAAAUGUUCACUAGCUUAAUCAGAAGAAGAUUUGCUCCAAAAGCUUACAGUUUGUGUAUGACUUCAAGAUUUUCCUUUUCAAAUAAGGAACAAUAUGAAAGCUUGGAAGAUUUUACCCAUCCUUUGAGACAGGCAAACUAUGUCUGUCACCCUAGACCAAAAGAUCUUGAAGGCUUUAAGAAACAAACCCAAUAUAGAUGAAGACAUCUUGGCAUGAAAGAACUUGAAAUUAUCAUCGGAGAUUGGCUCGAAAUGAACAUUGAUAAUAUGGAGUAUGAAGAUCUCUCUCAAUUUGAAGAAGAAGUGAUUCAAGUAGAGAACCCGAUCCUAUUUCAAUAUCUCUGUGAUGGAAAGCCUCUUGAUGAUAGCAACGCAAUCAAAGAUGGUGUGAAGCACACUGAAUCGAAGUACUUGAUUGAAUUAAAAUCCUACAUCAAACAACGUAAAGCUGGACUUGUUUAAAGUUUAUGGACCUCAAUAAAAAUUCAACAAUAAUUUUAGU